AAGAAUACGAAACUCACCAACGCAUAUUUGCGUACAUUUUGUGACGGUUGAAUAGCGCGAAUAGCACACACCAACACAAUAAUUUUAAAAAUGGUACUUUCCAUGGAUAGAUGGGUAGGCAAAGUUGCCAUAGUCACGGGUGCUAGUUCUGGAAUCGGUGCUGCUAUUGCAAAUGCGCUAGUCGAAAAAGGCUUAACUGUACUCGGCAUAGCUCGCCGCUCUGAACGUAUAGAAGAAAGUGCUAAAUUACUUUCAAACAAACAAGGAAAACUUCAUGCCAUCAAAGCUGAUUUAACCAAAGAAGAGGAUAUUUUAAAAGCUUUUAAAUGGGCUAAAGAUAAUUUGGAACCCGUUCAUAUUUUAAUCAAUAAUGCCGGAAGAGGAGCCAAGGCAAACUUAACAGAAGGCGAAACUAGACAAUGGAAAAAAGUUUUUGAUCUAAACGUUCUUGGGUUAAGCAUGGCCACAAGAGAAGCAGUCAAAGUUAUGAAAGAGAACCAAAUCAACGGCCACAUCAUACACAUGAAUAGCGUUGCAGGUCACCAAGUGCUUAAUUUUAGAGGUCCAAGCGUUUACUGUGCGUCGAAAUUUGCUGUUACUGCUCUUACUGAAACUUUAAGACAAGAAUUAAACCAGCAAGGACUUAAAAUCAAAGUUACUAGUGUUAGUCCUGGUAUGGUUGAAAGUGAAAUGACUAAUUUACAUCCGAAUCUAACCCCGGAAAUGAAAGCUGUUUAUGAAAAGAUGCCUUUUCUAAAAAGUGAAGAUAUUGCUGAUGCCGUUGUGUAUGCCUUAUCUACACCAGAACAUGUUCAAAUCCCUGAGCUUACUAUUAAACCUGUUGGGGAAAAGAUUAAUGACUGCGUUUAAGAACUGCUAAGGAAAGAGUCGGCUUAUUUCCCAACACAGUUGUGUUUUAUCUUUAUAUUUAUAUUUAAAUGAAAACAAUAAUUUAUAUAAAAUAAUGUGGUAAUAAAUACCAAUAUC